AUGGCAAGAUUCGAUGCAGCUAAAGCAAUAUUUUCACAAGUUGAUGCAAAUAAUGAUGGAACUAUUGAUCCACAAGAAUUUCGUAGUUGGGCUGCCAAUGGUAGUGUUGCAGGAGCUUUAGGUUCUGGAGCAUAUGAAUCAUCUUCAUAUCAAUCAGCAGCACUUGGCGGAUUUGAUCCAUCAGCUAGUCUUGCUUUUAGCAGUGGUGUUGGUUUAGCUGAACUUGGAGGAAGUGGUGCAUACGAAGCAGGAUACAGUUCUGAAAGUGGUUUUGAAUCUGCUGGUGGCUUUGCUGCUGGUGGUUUAGUUGCUGGCGGUCUUGCCGCUGGUGGUGGUAGUUUUGCUAUUGAUGGAGCUGAUAGUGCAUAUGCAGCAGCAGCAUCAGGUGAACUUGUUCAAGGAGGUGGUGUUGCUCUUGAAUCAAGUAGUUUAGAACAAACUACUCAAUAUGCUUCAGCUGGUGGUCUUUAUAAUGAUCCUAAUCCACAAAUAAUUCGACGACCAGCAGCUACUGGUCCAAUAAUAUAUAAACAAAAUGUUCUUGUUCGAUUUCUUCAACCACCACCUGUUCCACCACCAGGCCCACUUAUCAUUAAAGAAAUUCGUCCACCUCAACCACCACCACCGCCACCCCUUGUUGUACGUCAACGUGCACCACCUCUUCCUCCACCACCUCCACUUGUUUUACGUGAACGUCCACCUGUACCACCUCCAGUAAUUGCUACUCAAACAGUUAUUCGCCGUUUGGCUGCUUUACCCCUUCCACCACGAUCGGUCGUCAUCGAACGUCUUCCACCUCUACCACCAAAACCACGUGAUAUUAUUAUUGAACGAUGGAUUCCAUAUGGACCUCAAGCUAAACGUCGUGUCAUUGUUCAACGUGCUCCUGCUGCUAGAGAAUAUCCAAGACCACGUAAUGUUAUUAUUGUUUAUGAUGCUGUUCAAGCACGUGUCGUACGACAAUUUCAACGACUUGGUGUUGUACAAGAAAGUCCACAUGCUUAUGUUGCUCGUUAUGGUGGAUCACUUUUAGAUGCAACAACUCUUCUUCAACACGCUCGUGCUGCUGGUGUUGUUGAAGAUAUUACACCUCCACUACUUGCUGUAGCAUCUGCACACUUUGGUGCAUCGACAUAUGGUAUUGAUGCUGGUCUAGAUUAUUCAGGUGCAUCACUAAGUCAAAGUGCAUCAUUCAGUCAAGAUGCUUCAGCAGCAGAAGGUGAACUUACUGGUCUUGAAGGACUUGAAGUAAUUGGUGGUGCUGAAGCUGGUACAUAUGGUUUAAAAGUUGCUAGUGAUGCUGUUAGUGGAGGUUAUGGCUCUCAAUAUUAUGCAUCAUCAGGUUUUGCUGGUGAAGGAGGUUAUGCUGGUGGUGGCGGAAUUGAUGUAGCUGCUGCUGCUUUUGGUACUGCAGAUACUAAUCGUGAUGGAACAUUAGAUCAAGCUGAAUUUCAUCGUUUUCUGCAAGGCGGUCUUUAA